CGACAUCCCAACAGAAAUCUCGGAUAGCGGCACCUGCACGACAGAGGAACGCUGAGAAUAAAGUAUUGAAGACAUCUAAUUCGACAUCUUCUAAACCUAAACCAGUUGACGAUAACGUACAGAAAUACUGGGAAGAAAAGCUUAGUAAUCUCAAGGACGUCGUUGACAAUGAGGUUAAUAAGAUAAAUGAAAUGGAUACAAUGCGUCAACGUAUGCAGCAAAUUGAAGCAGAGCAGAUCGAGUCACGAAAAAGACAAGCAACGACUGACGAAUUGAAUGCCGCUAAGGCUAGUCAUAUCGAGGAAAUUUCAACUAUGAAACACGAGCAUAAAGCACGCGAAACUGAGCUAGAAGAUGAGCUGCACAAUUUACAUAAAGUACAGAAAGCUCUCGAGGAGGAAUUAAAUAUGGAAAAAGCCCAUUCGAAGAAGCUCAAAACAGAACUGGCAAAGUUCACAAAUAACUCCAUGGCCCUUGAAACGGAUGUACGGAAGAUUAAAGAGGCUCUCUCGAAUGCUGAACAUAGACUGGAAAUGGCCAAAGAGAAGGGUGCUUCCCGUGAAGACGAAAUGGCAUCAAUGAUAACCAAACAAGCUGAAAUGGAGAACGAAUUGAGAGCAGGAGAGAGUCUUAGAAAGAAGCUUCACAAUACCAUACAAGAGCUCAAAGGAAACGUCAGAGUCUUUGCUCGUGUCAGACCAAAAUUAGAUCGCGAUCAUACAGCUGAAGUUGCAAAUUUUGUUUAUCCUGAUGGCAUGAAUAGGGAUGGUGGUAAACAAAUCACUCUGCAGUCAUCGACUCUCAAUGCUGAGGGUAAAUCACGUGAUCAAAGCUACAAUUUCAGCUUUGAUAGAGUGUUUGGACCCCAAAGCUUGCAAGAAGAAGUAUUUGGAGAGAUUGAACAGCUCACUCAGAGUGUACUCGAUGGUUACAAUGUAUGCAUAUUCGCCUAUGGUCAGACAGGUAGUGGUAAAUCUUGGACAAUGGAGGGCGGUUCGCAUAAAGGAAUUGAUGCAGGUAUGAUUCCUAGGGCGAUCUACCACAUCUUCGACACCACGAGAAAGUUGGAGGAUCAAGGUUGGUCUUUCAAGCUUCAUGGUCAGUUUUUAGAAAUUUACAAUGAAAACAUAAUCGACUUGUUAGGUUCGGGAGAACAAGAAAAGAAACAUAACAUAACCCAUGAAAAGAGUGGCUCGACAACGGUGUCGGAUGUUGUGGUUGUACCACUCAGCGAACCUAGUCAUGUACACAAUCUGCUACGCAAAGCUAACAAGAAACGUACUACAGCAAGCACAAGAGUUCAUGAGCAAUCAUCACGUAGUAGUAGUGUUUUUAGCCUUAAAUUGGAAGGUAGCAAUGAGGUAACAGGCGAACACUGUAAAUCAGUGCUCAACCUGGUUGAUCUCGCAGGAUCUGAAAGGUUAGACUCGACUGGUACGCUUAACGAUCCAACAAGACUCAAGGAAACACAAGCUAUUAACAAAUCAUUGAGUUCUUUAUCAGAUGUCAUAUCAGCGCUUGGUUCAGGUUCUCACGUCCCAUAUCGUAAUUCCAAAUUAACUUAUCUCCUUCAAAAUAGUUUGAAUAAUAAUAGCAAAACACUCAUGUUUCUUAAUCUUUCUCCUAUGCAGGAUCAUCUUCAAGAAUCGUUAUGCUCACUUAGAUUCGCACUCAAGGUUCAUAGCACACAUAUUGGUCAAGCAAAACGAUCGAUGGUUGUAAAAAAUUAAAUCGUUGUAACAUUAGUUGUCUUCUUUCAUAUAUUUAUCAAAAUCUAACCAGCGUUGCUUAGUAUCAAGUAAAGUUUCCUUAGUGACGUUCGCAACGCUAAUUCUUAAAUGAUUGUUAGCGUCACUGUGAUUAUCAGUUGUGAAAAAAGCACCUGGUAGUGUUAAUAUGCCAAAUUGUCGGGCUAAUGUCGAUGCAACAUCGGUAGAAGAUAGAUUGUACGGAUAGUUGACAAAGGCAUAGUAAGCACCUGAAGAAGUGAUACUCCAUCCACCUAAUUCAUCAAUAAGCGACUUUAGUGUUUUAUGUUUCUCUAUUAAUGAUAAUUUUUGUUCCAGCUUGAAAUCGUUGAGUUGAUCAUAUAUUGGCGCUAUUGCCGAUUGAGAGAUAUUUGAAGGAGAAAUCUGAUAGCAGUCCGCCACUUUCAUGCACUGUCCGAUAAAGUCCUCAUGUGCAAUUAUACCACCCAAUCUUAAACCAGGAAUCGCCAAAUCCUUGCUAAAUGAAAAUAAUUGAAUGAGAUUGUUGAGUCCUAAUGUAUGCAGAUUGUGUGGUCUAUCAAAUUCUGAAAAUGAUCUAUAGGUCUCAUCUAAGAUGAGUGGUAUGUGCUUAUCUGCGCAAAUUUUCAUACACUCCUCUAAAACAUUUGAAGGUAUUGAUACACCAGUUGGAUUAUUUGGUGUUACUAAAACUACAGCUCGUGUAUUGGUAUCAAUCACGGCCUCCAAGUCCUUUGGAUUAGGUACAAAUGCCUUAUCAGCUCGGCAGUCGAGUAAUCUAACAUCUAUAGAUAGCUGACUGAGUGUCAUUUCAUGAUUAAAGUAAAAAGGUGAUUGUAGCACGAUAUUACUAGUAUCAUUGAUUUGCGUCAAUGCGAGAAUUGUAGUGUAAAAAGCAGCGUUUGCUCCAGGAGUGAUAAGGAUGUUAUCAGUUGAUAAAGACGCAUUGUAGUGUCUAUUCAAAUCAUCCUUAAAAGCUUCUUUAAAUGCUGGUUGACCUGAAAUAGCACCAUAUUGAUAGUUCGUUGUAAUAACAGACUGUUUCCCUAAUUCUUGUUGAAGUAACAGAGGUGGUGGAUCAAUUGGUACACCCUGGCUUAGAUUGUAAGAUGAAUUACCGUUAUAUUCGUCAAGCCAUAAUCUAGCUUCCGGUAUCGGCGGUAAUUUUGAACUCCUAACUGAUUUACUCGCUUCGUAGUUUACGAUCAUGAGUGUGGUUGACAGACUAUCACAUCAGCUUAAUAAAUCAAAGGAGUGCACUUAUAAAGAUAGUAAUGAUAACACUCUAAUAAACAGUACCAAUUUUAAGAAGAAUUUCUUACAAAAGUACUUUAUUCUGACGGAGAAUGGUAAACCUGUAUUCAACAGUGAUGAAUUCCAUGAUA